UCUGGAAAGAAUAAAAAAAUAGGUCAUUUUCAUUUUCUCUUCCCCGUCUCUCUCGCUUGACUUCUCCUCUCUCCUGUUUCUCUCUCUACAAAAGUGGAAAGCCGGAGCAGCCAACUGCUUCUGAUUUCUCUCCCAGAUUCUUUCACCAUCUAAAAGCUUCUUCAACUGGCUCGUUCGAAAAAAAAAAAAAAAAUGCCUCUUCUACUGGCAAAGUAUCUCAUAAAUAUUUCUCAAUUCUCCCUACAACACCUCACACCUAAAAACUGAGAAUUUGUUUUUUGUUUCUGGGUUUUUAUUUGUUCCUCAAUAAAGCAUGAAACUUUGGAGAUUCUAGUCAAUAUAAUUAACCAUAUAUAUAUUUGUAUAUAUUUAGGGGAAAAGUGAAGUGUGAAAGUUGGUUUACUUAGAUGCCUGCUCAGAUGAAUAGAAGGAAGGGGAGAAGGUUGAGCCUUGAGGAUGCAGUGGAGUUCUUCAACCAUGUGAUGGCAGAGAAGCCUUUUCUUCCAUUUUUGUUACCUCUGGUUUUGUUUGUCUGGGCUUUUGAGAGAUGGGUUUUCUCCUUCUCCAAUUGGGUUCCACUUGCUGUUGCUGUUUGGGCAACCCUACAGUACGGGAACUAUCAGCGUCGGAUACUUGUUGAAGACCUGAACAAGCAAUGGAAGAGAGUCAUAUUGAACAACUCGUCUACGACUCCACUGGAGCACUGCGAAUGGCUGAAUAAGCUGAUGACGGAAGUAUGGCCCAACUAUAUGAACCCGAAGCUCUCAAUAAGGUUUUCGUCCAUUGUUGAGAAACGGUUGAAGCACAGAAAAUCAAGGCUUAUAGAAAAAGUUGAAUUGCUGGAGUUUUCACUAGGUUCAUCCCCGCCUAGCUUGGGUCUUCAUGGGACUCGUUGGUCAACUUCAGGUGAUCAGCGGAUCAUGCAUUUAGGUUUUGACUGGGAUACAAAUGAUAUGAGUAUUUUGUUGCAAGCAAAGCUUGCCAAGCCACUUAUGGGGACGGCACGGAUAGUUAUAAAUAGUCUCCACAUCAAGGGCGAUCUUCUCCUGAUGCCGGUCUUGAAUGGGAAAGCGAUUUUGUACUCAUUUCUGUCAGUUCCUGAAGUGAGGAUAGGAGUUGCCUUUGGAAGUGGCGGAAGCCAAGCACUGCCUGCUACAGAGCUUCCCGGCGUUUCUUCUUGGCUGGUUAAAAUUUUGACCGACACGCUAGUUAAGACAAUGGUUGAGCCUCGCCGCCGUUGUUACACUAUGCCAGCUGUGAACCUAAGGAAAAAGGCUGUUGGAGGCAUUAUAUACGUGACAGUCAUUUCUGCAAGUAAGGUUUCUAGGAAUGGUUUGAAAGGAAGCCCGUCCAGAAAGCAGUUUGAUAGAAGUUCAGAUGAGCAGUUUGUCGAUAAAGAUCUACAGACAUUUGUGGAGGUUGAACUUGAAGAGUUAACUAGAAAAACAGGUGUGAAGUUGGGUUCAAACCCUAGCUGGAAUUCGAAGUUUAAUAUGGUGUUACACGACGAAACAGGAAAUCUUCGAUUUAAUCUUUACGAGUGUACGCCAAACAAUGUGAAGUAUGACUAUCUGGCGAGUUGUGAAAUUAAGGUGAAGUAUGUUGAGGAUGAUUCAACGAUAUUCUGGGCAAUAGGACCCGACUCUGGAGUGAUAGCAAAACAAGCUGAGUUUUGUGGAAAAGAAGUUGAAUUCGUUGUUCCAUUUGAGGGGGUCAAUUCGGGGGAGUUGACGGUGAAGCUUGUCCUAAAAGAAUGGCAAUUCUCCGAUGGUUCACACGUAGACAACUCUCUUCUUACCUCACGAAGAUCACUUUUUGGGUCAUCAAAUUUUCUACCAAAAACUGGAAGGAAAGUUAACAUAACUGUUCUGGAAGGAAAAGAUCUUGUUUCAAAAGACAGAUCUGGAAAGUGCGAUCCAUAUGUUAAAUUGCAAUAUGGAAAGAUUCUCCAGAGAACAAGGACUGCUCAUGAUUUAAAUCCCGUCUGGAAUCAGAAGUUUGAAUUUGAUGAGAUUGGAGAAGGUGAAUACCUGAUGAUAAAAUGCUUCAACGAAGACACAUUUGGUGAUGACAACAUUGGCAGCGCACGAGUUAAUUUAGAGGGACUGGUCGAAGGGUCAGUCAGGGAUGUGUGGAUCCCUCUAGAAAAAGUGAAUUCCGGAGAACUAAGGCUUCAAAUAGAAUCAGUCAGAGUUGAAGGCUCUGAUGGGUCAAGGGGUUCGGCCACGGGUUCAAGUAAUGGUUGGGUUGAACUUGUUCUCAUAGAAGCAAAAGACCUUAUUGCUGCUGAUAUGAGAGGGACAAGUGAUCCAUAUGUGAGGGUUGAAUACGGGAACUUGAAGAAACAAACAAAGGUUAUGUACAAAACUCUGAAUCCGCAGUGGAAUCAAACCUUGGAAUUUCCUGAUGACGGCAGCCCCCUACUCUUGCAUGUGAAAGACCACAAUGCCUUAUUACGGGCAUCGAGUAUAGGUGAUUGCGUCGUGGAAUAUCAGAGAUUGCCUCCGAAUCAGAUGGCAGACAAGUGGAUCCCUCUUCAGAAUGUGAGUAGGGGGGAAAUCCAUGUUCAGGUCACACGAAGAGUCCCGGAGUUGGAGAAAAGAGCAAGUUUGGAUUCUGAACCAUCCAUAAACAAAGCACACAAAAUUUCCAGUGAGAUGAAACAAAUGAUGAUGAAGUUUCAGUCUCUAAUCGACGAUGGAAAUAUUGAAGGGCUCGCAACGGCUAUGUGUGAGCUAGAAGCCCUAGAGGAUACACAAGAAGAGUACAUGGUUCAACUGGAGACCGAGCAAGGUCUACUUCUUAACAAGAUAAAGGAGCUUGGUCAGGAAAUCCUGAACUCAUCUCCUUCCAUCAGCAGUAGAUUUUCCGGAACCUGAGCCGUUUGUUUUCGGUUUUGAGUUUUGUUGACAUGGUUAUAUCUUCCGGUGUGUAAGUAAUUUCAGUUAAUUAACAGGAGUGCGUUUACAGAUAAGAGUAUGUACAUGGAGUUCUAACAGUUCACGUCCAUCUUCAUGCUGUGUAAUUGUGUAAGCUCCUUGAUGCUUGACCAAUUUUUCUGCAGCACUUCAAGUCAAAUGUUCAAGUUUUUAGC